AAUCUCCCCAUUUUUUUUCUCCCCUCAAGGAGAAGGGAGAGAGGCGGAAAAAGGCAAAUCGUGGACAUGACCUAGUUUCCUGACCUGAAUCACACACUUUUCGUCACGACAAAAGGGAACAUGGCGGUAUUCGCCAUGUCGCCGGAUAAGCGUUUUUCCUCAAUCUUCACCACGAAAAAAAAUUCCGCAUGGCCAAGAAGGAGGGAGGUUAGAGGAAGAAGAAAAAAUUGUGCUGGGUUCUUGUCCUCUCUCCCCCCCCCAACAGAAAGGUACUGGGUCUUGCAAGUGAUAACGGGCGCAAAAUCGGGACGGGUUGAGUGCUUUACAAUCAGUCCUCGGCGCGAAAUCUUGCUGUCCUGGAUGGUCCAGCCUCCCCGUGUUCAUAAUAUCAAGUUAUGUGUCGAUGUGCAGGAUAGGAACAAGGCCAGUACAUCACAAAUCGCUUAAGGGUACCCCCAAACUCCGAAUUUCACAAAUAUCGAACCGCUAUGAAAUAGAGUGGAUCGAGCUUCAGGUGCCAGCGGCUUCACUUUUCGCAGCAAGCGAAAAUUCAGACUGCUGACCGAAUAUACGGGUACAUCUGGAGAUUUCGGGUUGGCGUGAAACAAGUUCUUAGAUGAUGGCAGCACAGGAUACCGGGUAAAAGUUCUUGGUACAAGUACGAGUACUGUGCUCGAGUAGGUACCGCUGCAGUGCUUGUAUGACCCCUGGUUGGCUGAUGCGGCGGACUCAGCGGUGGUUGACUAAUGGCAAUUUUGGUGCAGUCGGCGGGCGUUGAUUGCCUUCCAUUGUGGAUCAGCUCACACAAUCACAGCGCAGCCAAGGGCUAAGCCGGAUCUUCCUCCGCAAACCCAGUCAAUCAAACUAUUCCAGCAAAUCUUUGAGGCGGUAGCGCGAAAGAGCCAACAGUGCUAGAGUAUCAUAGCACCAUAGCCGCAGUGCUGGCUCGCUGUCCAUUAUGGAUAUCGCGGGUUGUGGAUAUGAAACGGGAGGAGUGGAAAGGGUCCAUGGGAAAAGUAGGCAUCUGGCUGGCUCAUCCUCGCUGUAUGAUACAGUACCGUCAUCCCCACCCUACGUCAGUUUCCAAUGGGCAGCGUCCACUUCAGCUGGUAAGGCGGCCAGCACAUGUUGAGACAGAGAUGCAAAGGCACUACGGUAUCGUUGGUCAAUGCAGGCAGGGUCACGCACCGCCCACUCCUUCUCGCAUCACCCGUUGCUCGCGCUGUGUCCAGAAGUUUCUCCGCAAGCGAGAUCUCGCUGCAAUGUACGGUUUGCCCCCCCCCCCCCUUCCAGCUCGGCGAAAUCUGUCCUGUACCCACAUGAUUCUAGGCUUCGGCAGCAAAUCUAAGGUCAGAGUGCCGCACCGCUCCAUCGGUAUCGGACAAGCUGGACCCGUGAGAAUAGGCAUUAAGGUGCAGAUUUCGGUGCUUUGCUCGGGCAGCGUGAAAUGUGGUCUACGAGCACAUAGGGGUAUGGGGUGCACUGUAUACUACCGUGUUAUCUGCUUCCACUUCCUCGUGUGUGUCGUGUUGGCGGGAUUAAAAUAUCUUGGAUAGGAUAGAGGGGAGGAGGGG